AUGCAACUUGGCAAGCCUUGGUGCAGCACUUGCUGCGUCCACUUCAAUACCUUUGAGGAGCACAGAGAGCACUCAAAAUCAGACAAGCAUAUUUCAAAGAUCCAAAUUCGAUAUAGUGGCCCAUGUAUUCCUCGCUAUGUCAUGGAGAAAGCCAUGGAAAACUGGGAUCGAGUUAAGGAAUCAUGGACUCAAGGCUCAGACGAAAGGCCAACGGAUGGGUCAGAGCUCUGUGAGGUAGAGAACGCAGAGUUUAAUGAAGAACUCUGCCUCUUUUGCCGCCACACGAGCUCGACCUUCGACGAGAACAUGGCUCACAUGAAGACAUGCCACAGCUUCACCAUCCCAAACCUAGAAGUCCAUGGUAUUAAGCCUAUCACUGUUGUGAGAUGCCUUUAUAGCAUCAUUUUCAGCUGCUACGAAUGUGUAUCUUGCGGCAAACAACGUCGCACGUCGGAGGGGAUUCAACACCACAUGACUGCCAAGAACCACUGUCGUUUUCAGAUGACAUACGAGAUUUUGAGAUUCUGUAAGGAGGAGGAAAUCUUCGACGCUCAAGAAAAUCGAGAAAGCCAAGAUACUCAGCUUAUAGGAACAACUCCGGCUUCCAAUAACGACGGGACUAUCAUUCAGCGUCCCCCAAUGCGACGCAUGCCGAAGUUUCUAGGGUAUGAGAGCACAGGUGGUCAUCAUAUGUAUAAAGAGACGCAACGGGAAUUUUUUCUUUCCAGCAACUAG